AUGUCGUGGAGUCAGACUCAACGUUUAACGGGUCUCAUACGCUCCUUUGCCACCCUUUGGCCCACCUUCUCGGCGGAGAGCAAGCCCACUCAACGCCUUUUUGAAGUUGUCCUCCAGCGCAUGGAACACACCAUUCAGAUGGACGUUUUUAUUCCUCUUUACUCCAAACGAAUUAUGUCUGAUCUCCAGUGUCCCAGCCGCCUUUUUUUUGAUCGUCAAAUGAAUGCUGCUAUGAAGCUUCUCUCCAACCUCCUCGAGUGGCAUGAUCUGUUGGCACCAGCUGCAUUGAAGUACAUCACUUUCACUUGUCUUGUAAACCGCUACAUCCUUAUUGGGCUAGCCAGCCUCAUGUCCAACACCACCAACUUGCCAGACACAGGCGGAGGUGGAGUGUUGGGUGAAUCGGCAGUGUGGGAGUCAGUGGCAGAGCGAUUAAAAGCAAUCGCCCUCCAUCUACCUCCGGAAUGGCUCACCGAUCCGGAGGACACCCAAUUAGCCCAACUAAGGCGAUUUGUAGGUCAACUAAUUGAACGGUUGGCGCCGCAGGACGUUGUCACUGGCGUCGACACCAGAGAGGAAAUGGAGAUGAGGUCCGUGUUGAAGAAGCUCAAACGAAUUCAAAUUCGCCUCUUUUCUGGAUCCUUUGCAUGA